AUGGAAACGCAACAGCGAGAAAAAAAAUUUCAGCGGACAACGCAGGAACAACUGCAAUGCUAUAUUGCAUAUAUAAAGAAGAAUCCAGAGCUGGUGACUGGAAAAAAUACGCCUGCGCAGCCACGACAGGUGCAAGAUCUGUGGGAGGAACUAGCCAACAAUUUGAAUGCGCUGAACGGGCCCACACGUGCCCCAAUUAAGUGGAAGGAGUCACUGGCAAACUGGAAAAAACAAUUGCGUAUUCGGGCGAGAAGGCUCAAAGCGGACCAAAUGGGUACAGGAGGCGGGCCAAAGCCUGCUGAUUUGAGUGAUUUUGACAGCCAAGCACUUGAGGCCAUGGGAAUGAUGGCAGUGGAUGGGAUUCCUGCUCAGGAGCUGGGAUUCCAGGAUACUGAUACUGUAUGCUCCACUGAACAUGAGGAAGUCUCAGCUUUGCAAGUUACGGUAGAAGAACCCUGCAGUCCGCCCGUCAGCAAUAGUCCUCUCUGCAGAACCAAUAUUUUUUCUCGCAGCGAUAUUUCUCCUUCCAACUCACCCAUUGAGGCAACACCAUCCAGAACAAACAACAAAAGAGGAGCAUCACAGGAACUCGUUGAUGUUGUGUUAAAACAUAUUAGAAAGCGAGAAGAGUACGAUGGCCGUAUGCUUGAGCAGCAAACAAGAACUAAUGAUGCUCUAGCUAAACUAGGAGAAGGAUAUUUGGCUCUUGCUGAAGCUAUGAAAAAGCCUUAA